GACAUGAAAUGUGUUGGAAUACAGUACUUGGAAGCUAUAAGAAAGCUUCAAAGCAAAGGUGUUAAACUUCUGAGAACCAUUCACAUCUCAUUUGUGCCAGAUGAAGAGGUAGGAGGUCACAGAGGAAUGGAGCUCUUUGUUGAUCAUGAAGAUUUUAAGAAGUUGAACGUGGCCUUUGCCAUGGAUGAAGGGUUGGCAAAUGAAGGUCCAGACUUCAAAGUUUACUAUGCUGAAAGAGCACCAUGGUGGAUGCAGGUUACUUGCACUGGACAACCAGGACAUGGCUCAGCCUUCAUAGAGAAUACAGCGGCAGAGAAACUGAGGAGGGUGAUCAAUUCAUUCCUGGACUAUCGAGCCCAGCAGGAAAAGAUUCUGAAAUCUAACCCUCAGAUUGGUAUUGGGAGCGUGAACACCGUGAACUUUACCCUUGUUAAGGGUGGAGUCCAACCCAAUGUUGUGCCAUCAGAAAUGACAGCAACCUUUGACAUGCGUAUUACGCCAUCUCAAAACCUCUCAGAACUAGAGGCUGAAAUUAACCAAUGGCUGAAGGAAGCUGGAGAGAAUAUAACGAUGAAAUUUUUACAGAAAAACAUGUGCCAAGCUGUCACCUCCACUGAUGACACCAAUCCAUGGUGGAUGGCCUUCAAGGGUGCUUGUGAUUCCAUGGGACUGCAGAUUAAAACUGAGGUCUUUCCUGCUGCAACAGACAGUAGAUAUAUAAGAGCUGGAGGCCUUCCAGCUCUGGGUUUCUCUCCAAUGAACAACACCCCUAUCCUACUUCAUGACCACAAUGAAUUCCUGAAUGAGAACAUCUUUCUAAGAGGAAUAGACAUCUAUUGUGAGAUAUUACCAGCAAUAGCUAAUGUGCCAGCAUAAUGAACAUAAUAUACAGGAGCCAUUAUCAAAAAACAGCUUGUUUCAGUUUCCAAAAAGUUUAAGCAGAUGAAAUAAUUGCUUAUGUUAUGCAAUGUUGAUUUUACAAUCCCAACACAGUAGACUCUGAAUAAUUUGUCAGUUCAGAUUAUUGUUUAUCUUGAAAAAAGUUGUAGAACAGAUUUUUUUUCUUUUGUAUCAGCCAGUACUAAUGAUCAUUGCCUCAUUCGUAAAAUUAAAAUAUUUUUUAUAAAACUUGAAACAAAAAUUCCAUAUCCAAGUGCCCAAGGUAUACAAAGACUAUAAUUUUAUUAAUUUAUACGGAUUAUUGGACUUGAAAUGUCACAGUUUCAUCGUUUUCAAAAUAUAUCAUUUAGGUAUAUAACCUGCUAACGUUCUAUUGAAUGAUCAGAUUUUUUAGUUAAGUCCUAAGUAAUUUCUUUUAAAUUAAAAAAGUGGGCAUCUUUUAAUGGUAGAAAUGGAAAGUGAUUUUAUCAAAAUAAACUCAAUUUCAUAUCUCAAAAGAUUUUUAUCAGGUUUGCUGUCUAUAUUUUGACAAUUUUCUACUGAGGACUCAGUAAUAAAAAUCUAGACUACA